AUGAUAACCAGAACGAUUGUUUUCCUUUCAUUGGCAGCAUUGGCUACUUGCCAAGGAGAUGCUGCUGAUCCAAAGGAAACAAACUAUAAAAAGUUCAUCGGAGAACAAGAUUAUAAGCUUCCAUUCAAGACCCGUGUCAGUGAGCCACUUGCUGUUGGACAGACAAUCCAUGCCGUCGGAACUCUUUCUGAGAAACCAACUCGUGUCGACUUCAACUUCCACAAGGGAUCUGCUAAGGAUGCUGAUCUUCCACUUCAUUUCUCCAUCCGUUUCAACGAAGGAAUUCUUGGUAGCGGAAAGUUGAUUUACAACACCUUCGAAAACGGAAACUGGUCUGAAGAUGAGCAAAGAAUCAGUAAUCCAUUCAAGGCUGGACAAGAAUUCGAUUUGCGUGUCCGUGUCCUCGAAGGAAAGUUCCAAGUUUUUGCCAACCGUGUUGAAGUUGGAGUCUUCACUCAACGUCUUCCACUUGACGGAAUUGAUCAUGUUUCAAUCAGAGGAGAUCUUUCCAAACUCCGCCUCUUCCACUACGGAGGAAGAAUCUUCCCGAACCCAUACAUGGCUGUUGCCGGACUUACCCCUGGAAAGAGAUUGGACAUUUCUGCUCUUCCAAAAGGAAAGCGUGUCAACAUCAACUUGUACCGUGAGAACAAGGAGUAUGCUCUUCAAGUUUCCAUCAGAUACAAUGAGGGAGCCGUUGUCAGAAAUGCUAUGACCAGCAACGUUUGGGGAAAAGAAGAGAGAGAAGGAAAGUUCCCACUUGACAAGAAACAAGUCUUUGAUAUCACUAUUAUCAACGAAGAGUUCUCCUUCCAAAUCUUCCUCAACAACCAAAGAUUCACCACAUUCUCCCAUCGCGGAUCUCCAAAUGAUAUCAAGACCCUCGAAAUCGACGGAGAUGUUGAGAUUCAAACUGUCACCAUCAACGAUGCCCCAGGAGUCUAG